AUGCUCUUUCAUUACUGGGAUAUGAGCACUGUUGCCACUGUGAACAAUACUGACACUGACUGGUGGUGGCUGGGAAAUGCAAUACGCCUUGCACAGGCGGAGGGCUUACAACGAGAAGGAAAGUCCAACGACCCACCUGGACCAUUCCAAACGUUGAAAAGAAGGAUAUGGUGGGCUUUGUUCGCAAGAGAGAGAAUGACAGCAAUAUGUCUAGGACGGCCUUGUGUGAUCGAUACGGCUUACUGCAACGUUCCGUUGCCUACCCUGAAUGAUUUCCCAUCAGAUUGCCGUUUCAAAGCGUCAAUUUUCAUCGAAUUCGUGCAGCUGAGCGAUAUCCUGGGGGACAUCAGCAAACUCCUUGCCCAGGGCGCGGCAUAUUUCCCGGCCACGAUCUCUGCUCGUAGACGCCUGGUAGAAUGGAUACGAAAUAUCCCACCCGAUCUGCAACUAUCCGCGACGGGAGGAGUGAUGAAAGACUUCAACCGCGAUGUCCUGCUUCUCCAUAUUCCCUACCUUGGCGCCCUCACGAUGCUGUACAUGAGCUUUUCAAGCGACUCACCUCCUAAAGCGUGCGUCCCAGGUAUUGCGGCUGCUUCAAUCCUUUCAAAGAUCUGCGAGGAGUUCCUGGCUCGCGGUUUCAUUCGUUUCAUCCCUGAGGAGACCGCGUGGUUUAUUUCUUUCGCGAUCCUCACUUUGGCCCAUGCCCGGCAGGUCGAAUGCCUCACUACUCACUCUGACGCUGAUAUCUGGAUCUUGUCCACGACAUUGCGGCAAAUGGCACCCAUGUGGAGCUCUGCUACAUCAUUUGCCAACAUAUACGAGAAAAUCCAACGUGAUCUUGGUCUGACCACCCGGCCGCCCCCUUCGUCACCACCGUCUAAACAGCACCAGUGCGAGCGAGCCCGAGACGACAGCACUGGAGAACCACAUGAAUGCACGCUGCCACAUUGUCUAGAUGAGCUCGCUUCCCUCGACGGCGUGAACUGGAUGGAAUACUUUCCGUACGGAAAUUGCAACACAACUCCAAUGCUGGGAGCUAUCCUGGCCGCACAGGGCGAUGCGUUAAAUUUGUCCGGGCUGGAUUGGCCGCUUGUCUUCAACCAAAGUAUGCAAGACAUCUUUGCGAACUUUGACGAAUUCGGCAGCUUCUUGAGUGCAGAACAAGGUGGCACAACUGCGGCACCUCAUUGA